CACUCCCGCGAGAUUCCCCCACCCACACCACUCCGCCGCCGUUCGCCCUUGACCGGUUGACCCCAUCCGCGCGCGCGCUCUCUCUCCCUGCUAGCUCUGCCUCGACCCGACGCUCGGGCCGGCGGCGCGAGCCACCCGGCCUCCUCCUCUCCGUCCCGUCGAGCUCCUCUCUCUGACCACGCGCAGCUAGACGGGCCACCGCCGAGCGCACGGUGAGGUUUCUUGGCGGCGACGGGAAGGAGAUGAGCGAGCGGAAGUUGCUUUUGCCGACUCUCUCUCCACUCUAGAUGAAUACCGAACUCUGGACGCCAUCUGGUGAGCCCAGAUCUGUGGGCACCAGCUGGAUCUGAGUUUUUGGGCACAUAUCCUCCUGAGCUCUGCUUCUGCUCCCUUGGUCGGACUCUUCUCCCCCCUUCAGCGCAGCUCACUCCAGGCAGGAGGUAGAGAAUACAAUGUUGAGCCAAUUACAACACACAAGUGGGGUGACAUCGCCGUUCUCAUUUGAGUUGUUAAAACAGAUCACUAAUAAUUUUUCCGAGGAGCACAUAAUUGGUCGUGGUGCGUAUGGAGUGGUUUACAAGGGAGUAUUGGACAAUGGGAAAGAGAUUGCUGUGAAGAAGCUUAAAUACAUGCCUCCAGAACAUGACAGCAAUAAACAAUUUGAGAAUGAGUGUACAAACCUUAUGGGGGUCCAACAUCAAAAUAUCGUGCGGUUAGUUGGCUACUGUCAUGAAACACGCCGUGAAUAUGUGGAACAUGGUGGAAAAUACGUUUGGGCUGAGGUGGAUGAACGAGUUCUCUGCUUUGAAUACUUGCAUGGUGGAAGCCUUGACAAACAUGUCUCUGACGAACCAUGCAAACUUGAUUGGGACAUGUGCUACAAAAUAAUUAAGGGAGUCUCUGAAGGUUUAAAUCACCUUCAUAAGGACUCCAUUUUCCAUUUUGACUUGAAGCCUGGAAAUAUAUUGCUGGAUAACAACAUGAUGCCGAAAAUUGGCGAUUUUAGUUUAUCAAGAUUCUUUCCUUCAGCAGAAACCUGCACCACAGCGACAAAUUUUGGAACAUUGGGGUACAUACCACCAGAACACAUAAUCGGACACCAAAUCUCACCGAAAUAUGAUGUAUUCAGUUUGGGUGUUAUAAUCGUAAUAAUAAUGGCAGGAUUCAAGGGCUACUAUGAAUAUAAAGAUACCGCUUCCUUUGAAUUCAUCAAGCUUGUAUGUGAAAUGUGGCAAAAAAGGGUACAUGCAACGACGUGGUCACACAUAUCACAAGAAGUUAAGACAUGCAUCGAAAUAGCGUUAAGAUGUAUUAAGCAUGAUCGAGAGGAAAGGCCUACUAUAAGCCAUGUUGUUGAUGUACUUAGUAGGAUUGAUGUUGAGAAGUUGUCACUUAAGUGCGAGACCACUAAUUUACAAAGCACGGGGGCCUUGGCCUACAAUGAAUACACGACUUCCUCAUCUUCGAUGGGAGUUCAUGGUGGUCCCACUACGGUUGAAUUCACACCUGGCGAGGUGGGAGAGGAUGAUAGAUCGAUGCAUGAAAGUGACACGGUUGAGCCCAUGAUUUACGAACACGAGCCUAUCAUGAGGUCGGAAGAAAGGCUUCAUACUCCGGUCACCAUGGGUACUAUGGAUACUGUUGGGGUUAUUAGUGGCUUCAAGGAGUGUGAUAAUCUUUUUCAGUGGGCUAGAUCUACCAUUUCCUCCCAGUGGAGUGGUACACAAGAGCAGAGGCUUCAUGAGGAAUUGUUUCGAUUGGGGAAUGGCCUACAAUGCCUUAGGGAUACUCUUCCCGCCAUGUAUGAUCUCAUUGAUCGAGCAGAGUGGAAGAUCCAUAAUCCUCGUGUGGCAGAGCUCCUUUCAACACUCAAAGACGCAGUGUAUGAUGCUGAUGACCUUCUUGAUGAGUUCAGAUGGUACAUGUUGAAGGUAAAAGUGGACGGAAAUGGAAGCCAAUCUCCUUUCAUGGACUUCUUCAAUAAUGUUGUUAAAGGAAGCUUUAUCAAAGUGGUUGCUAUGCGGGAAAGGCUGGAUAAUAUUUCCAUUCACCUUCGUAGUAUGGGGUUACAUGAAGUCACAACACGGUUUGACAAAUCAGUCAGGCCAGAGACUAGCUCUUUCCCAAAUGAAACAAAAAUCUUUGGUCGUGACAUGGAGCUAAAGCAUAUAAUUGAAUUGCUUUGUGCACCAAUAAAUAGUAGUGAUGCUCAUCCCAAACGCCAGAAAGGAAAUACUGCAGUUGAUGUAUCAACAAGUACAUCAGCAAGAAACCAAAUUGGUAAUGAAUCAAGAAUAUCAGAUCUUCCUGUUUUACCCAUAGUUGGAAUUGGGGGUGUUGGAAAGACCACUCUGGCUCAACAUAUAUGUAGUCAUAAACAAGUGGAGUCUCAUUUUGACAUAAUAAUUUGGGUUUGCGUCUCAGAUGACUUUGACGUGAAGAGGUUAACUAAAGAGGUCAUACAGUCUUGUCCUGAAAAAUAUGCAACAACUGAAAAUUUGAAUUUGCUUCAGAAGAACUUUUCUGAGAUUGCAAGAACUAAAAAGUUAUUGAUUGUUCUGGAUGAUAUGUGGGAUGAUGUUUUGAAGGAAAAUGGGCAGUGCUGGAACAGGUUUUGUGCACCUUUAAAGAAUGUACUACCGGGAAGUAUGAUGUUGGUCACUACUAGAAGUCCACAGGUUCCUGACAGAGUGGGCACGAUGGAUCCCAUUACAUUGGAAGGUUUAAAGGAUGAUGUUUUUUGGAAUUUUUUCAAAUUAUGUGUUUUUGAAUCUGGGAGUUCCAAUAAUAAUAAUUUGGAAAGCAUUGGUAGAAGGAUAGUUCCUAAGUUGAAGGGUUCUCCUUUAGCCGCCAAAACUCUUGGACGAAUAUUAAGAAUGAACCUUCAAGUAGUACAUUGGAAUGAUGUACUAGAGAGUGAAUUGUGGAAGUUGAGCCAGGAAGAGACUGAAAUCUUGCCAGCCCUUCGGUUGAGCUACAUGUAUUUACCAUUUCAUUUGAAGAGGUGCUUCUCAUUUUGUGCAGUGUAUCCCAAAGAUUACAAAUUUCGGAAGGACCAUUUAGCUGGAAUUUGGGUGGCAGAAGGCUUUGUUGAACCUCGUGGUGAUACUCCACUUCAAGAUAUUGGAUGUGAAUACUUCAAUGACCUUUUAAAUCGGUCCUUCUUUCAAGAAGUACAAGGUGGAUACUUAAUCCAUGACUUGCUGCAUGACAUGGCACAGAAAGUUUCAGAGCAUGAGUGCUUCAUCGUGAAAAGAAAGAGUGACUUUAAAGAUAUUCCUCCUAAUGUUCGCCAUUUGUCAAUACUCUCUAGCACAGACAUUGAAAAUGCCAGCUUGUUGAGGCUAUGCCACUUCACAAAGCUUCGUACGCUUCUUUUUGACAAGCCUUUAGCAAACAAAAAUAUUCCAACUAGCAUUUUGGAAAAAUGGUGGAGUGAACUUCUGUGUCUACGUGUGAUUGUUUGCGUUGCUACUAAUGAGUUACCAGCUGCUAUUGGAAACUUGAAGCAUCUUCGGUACCUUCAAAUCUUGAGAGCUUCACAUUUCAAGAGUCUUCCCGCUGAGUUCUGUCGGCUGUAUAAUCUGCAGAUUUUAAGUGUUCAGGAAUGCAAGCUAGAAAGCUUGCCUAGUGACUUUAGUAAUCUGAUAUGCUUACAGAGAUUUGAAUCGUAUGGAUUUCAAUGUAGUUCAGUGUUGAGAAGUUGCCUUGAAGAACUUUAUUUUGAAGUGAGUGUUGAUGCAGCCAAUGAUGGACAGGAACGAGGAUUUAGGUUGAUGAAGAAUAUUAACCAAGUCGGUGAAUUGGAGAUAUAUAAUAUUGACAAGCUAAGUAAGGAGCAUGCUGCAGAAGCCCAACUACAGAAUAAGAAGUAUCUUAAGAUUCUGAAACUGUCAUGGUCAUGGCCUCUGUGGAGUUCUCCGGAAGACAGUAUAGACGUCCUUCGAGUUCUACAACCUCCCACCUGCCUCAAGUCUCUGCUCCUCCGUGGUUAUCCAGGUGUGUUGCUUCCAGGGUGGUUUCCGACUGAGAUUUCGCCAAGCUUAAGGUCACCUUUAUUUAUCAGUUGUGGACUUGAGAGCUCAUUGGCAUCCACUAACCCAGAGCGUAUAAACCCAAGUGUGAUACCGGAGGUGCUUACUGACAACAUUAAUGAUAUUACUGGUAUUUUCUCAUCCCUGGCGGAACUACUCAUUGAUAAUUGCCAAAAUUUAUCAUGCCUCGAACAUGUUGUACAUGCAACAACAAUCAAGAAAAUCACAAUUAAAGAUUGCAACAACCUAGUUUCAGUACCAGCUGAAAGAUUUGGGGAUCUCUGUUGCCUUGAAGAACUGAAGGUGCAAGGAUGUCCAAAUAUAUCUGUGCAAAUUUUGGUUGCACCUUCUCUCAAGAGGCUUGUGCUGGGUAAGGAGAGUGAUUUUAGUUAUGAUGACCCUAGUUGUGGCAAUCUCGCAGACAAUAUAGACUGUUGCACCCUCACCUACUUUUUUUUGUCAAGCAACCAUCUCACAUCCAUCCAACUAGAAAUGUGGAAUCUUCCAGCAUUAAAGGAGUUGAAUAUUUCACAUUGUCAAUUUCUUGAAUCUAUCAUUGGACAAUCUGGACAGGUCAUCAGAAACACUGGUGGAUCUAGAGUAUUCCCAUAUCUUACUUCACUAACAAUUGAGCGGUGUUACAUGCUGUCAACCGUUGAUGAUUUCCUAUCAGAAGAAUAUCUACCUGCCAUUGAGAGAGUUUGUAUCAGAUCUUGUGGCAGAUUAAAGUCCUUGCCCGGUGAAAGGUUUGAGAAUUUUUCUUAUCUGAAGGAUUUGGAGAUCUCUGAUUGCAGUAGACUCAGCUGGAAGAAGGGAUUUCUGUUACCAUCUUCCCUCCAAAGACUCACCUUAUAUAAAUGCGGGAAUAUCUCUGCAUGGGUUCCCAGCUGCCUACAAAACCUUACAUCCCUUGUUACAUUGAGGAUUGAUGCAUGUCGGCACAUAACAUCCAUUCCAGGCAGGCUUUGGAGCACUAGUCUCACAUCACUUGAGAAUUUAUCGAUUUCAUAUUGUCCAGACAUUGUAUCAAUUGGAGGAGAAAACGCAAUUUCAGAAAUACAGAAUGUACAGAUUAAACACUGUCAUAAGAUGGAGGAUUUAAAGCAGCCCUUGGAAAGAGGCAAUCGGUUCUCAUGCAUCUCGAGAGUGGAGCCAGUCUUCCUUUAUGCACCACACUGGGAAGCAUCAUACUCUUCAGUGGAGAUUGCUUGUUGCAGCACAUGGGAAUCAGUUUCAGAAAUGACAUUUUGACACCCCAAGUCACUUGCUCUUUCAAUUGCUCCGGUGAGGGCUAGGCUUUCUGCAUGGAGAGCAUCCAUGAUAUGCGUCAACCUCCCCGCUCUUGCUGCCUCUGCAAAUCCCUCUGGAUUGCGAAUGAUGUAGCCCCAGCCUCCUGUGUGAUCUUCUUCCUUAAAAGCUGCAUCAACAUAAAUUUUCAGGUAACUUGAUGGCGGUGGAGUCCAUUUUUGCUGUGAUGUUGUGGUUUUUCCUGUGCACAUGUCUUUCUUUACUAUCCUUUACUUUACUGACCAAUUUUUUCUUCUUGUUCACUGGGCACAAAGUUCUGAGCUUUUAGCAGAAUCAAUGUUACGCCAUAGCAGAUCCUCCUUAUCACUCGAGUUUUACUCUAUCCAUUAUUCUGUCCGCAGUCCAUGUAAAUAUAUCCAGUCUCCCCAUUUCGUCAUACAAUAUUUUGCGCUUUCUAUUCCAUGUGAAAUAAAUGAGGCAAAACAUCUAUGCUAUUGUACCUUCUAUGGCGUAUGUGUGCCAUUAAUUUGAUUUUGCUCAGUCAGCUGUUAAGAACAAUUUUAAUCAGGAUAUUCUCUUCCUGUGAGGAGUUGAUAGUAUAUGUUAUCCCGUUAAUGCUGUAGCAGUUUAAUGUCUGAAGAAAUUCGUGAUGCCUGAUGUGACG